AUGAGUCCAAGUAGCCACUUUCUGAAGAUCAUGGAGUGUCAGGGAAGGUGGACAUGUCACUCUUCAACAUGGUUUCUCAUUCUAGGAGUAUUUUCUUUGAGAGAGAUCCAAGCAGUCCACCACAGGCAUGUGGGUCAGUUCACUGCAGUGGGCACAGCCCAUUCCCUCUCGGAAUUAAAUGCAAUUAACUUCAUAGAUGAUGUUGAAAUUGGAUACUAUAACAACAUACAGAAUCAAAUUAUUGUCAAGAUACCCUGGAUCUCCAAGGUACUGGGAAUCGAUUACAUUACCCAGAUGCUUCAUUUAUUGGUGGAUCAUGAGCAACAUUCUCUCUGGACCAUUCAAUACUUAGCAAAGAAUGCCACUGACCCUAACAGAAACCACACAGGGCAGCUUCUUGCAGACUGUGAAAUAGACGAUGACAUCAAGGUAAAGAGCCAUGUCCAUUUAAUUUGGGAUGGAGAGGAAUAUUACAGGAUAGAUGAAGAAGUUGGGCACUGGGAGAACUUAAAGCCUGAAUUCAAGAAAUACAAGCAUUUGCUGGAGAGCCCCUUCUGGACCAAUCUAAGGAAACAAUACAUGGAUAAAUAUUGUGUAGACUUGAUGAGGAAAAUCGUUGGUCACUCAAGCUUAAAGGAUAAUGUGCCCCCUGAAGUGACUGUAUCCCACUAUGUCAGCCCAGAAGGAAGCAGCAUUCUCUCCUGCACAGCCAGAGGCUUCUACCCUCAGUCCAUCCUACUACGUUGGGAGAAGAAUGGGAAACUGGCUGUAUGGGGAAAGGAGACUUCCACUGGCAUCCUGCCUAAUAUGGAUUCUACCUUCCAUCUCCAAGUUACCUUAGAGCUCCCACCAGAGGACUCAGGAACAGGUUACACCUGUGUGGUAGAACAUAUUGCGCUGAAGACCCCUGUUGUGUAUCCAGUCCCUGAAAAGCCCACAAUGGAGAAGCCUGGGAUCCGGGGACUGGGCAUUGUGUUAGCUGUCAUCCUAGUGCUGAGCUGUGCUGGGGCCUUCAUAGCAUGGAAGAUGAAGAAGUCAGGUUCCACAGGUCAGCUGGAAGGACCUUUUGCUUCUUCUGCUUCUCUUACUCAUUUACCAAAAUAG